ACAAGCCGAUUUAGCAGAAGGAAAUUUGUUUUCGCAAUAAAGUGCGAUUUUAUCCUAAAAUGGAUGGCUCUUAUGCCACCAGUAUAGAGUUGUCGCAGGGGGAAAUAUUCAGGAAUCUAAGAAAUGCUAAACGAUUUGCAGUUGAUAUUGGAGGUUCCCUGGCUAAGAUUGCCUAUCUCUCAACAGUUCGAAGACGAAUGUCCUUAGUGCUGGAUGAAACUACCAAGGAUGGAGACAAGGAUCACAUCUAUAAAGUUGCCGAGACGAGUCAGGCGGGCGACACACUCCACUUUGUGAAAUUUGAAACAAAGUACAUAGGGACGUGCCUGGACUUUAUUCUGAAGAAUCUGAUUGAGUCGCCAGAUGCCAUUGAGGGACCCGGGAAAGUGAUCAAGGCUACAGGGAGUGGUACAGUCAAGUACAUGGAUUUAUUGACCAGUAAACUGGAACUACAAGUGGACAAAGAAGAUGAAAUAGAAUGUCUGAUCAAAGGUUGUAACUUUCUCCUGAAGAAUAUCCCAGAUGAAGCGUUCCAUUACCAGCACAAGCAGCAGCCAGAAUUCAAGUUCCAGGUGACAGAUCCAAAUAUAUUCCCGUACCUGCUGGUGAAUAUUGGGUCAGGGGUCAGUAUAAUACAGGUCGAGUCUGAGAACCAGUACAAACGAGUUGGCGGAUCCUCAAUAGGGGGAGGCACAUUCUGGGGUUUAGGAACACUGCUAACAGGAGCUAAGGGUUUUGAUGAGCUCCUGUUACUUGCCGAGAAGGGUGACCACCGGAAUACCGAUAUCUUGGUGAAAGAUACGUGUAGUGCUGGUGGAGUUUACACAUCGCUGGGACUUCCCGAUGAUCUCAUUGCAAGCAGUUUUGGAAAAGCUGCCAAAUGUUGGGGGUCACCAGAUAAGCAAGCUUCCCCCUGUAUGCCAGAGGACAUCGUGAGAAGUCUCUUGAUUACGAUUAGCAACAACAUUGGCCAGAUCGCGUGCCUCCUAGCCGAUCAGUACAAGCUGGAGACGAUAUAUUUUGGUGGAUACUUCAUUCGAGGCCAUCCCAUGACUAUGCACACCAUCACACACGCUAUAAAUUAUUGGUCUGAGGGUCGAAUCCAUCCACUUUUUCUUCGACAUGAGGGGUAUCUAGGUGCUAUAGGAGCCUUCCUGAAGGGGGCGGAAGAUGAUGAUGACACCGAGUAUUCGUGGUCGGAGAAUUAUGCGGGUAGUUCAGGAUUACAGAGUCCAAAAUCGAAAACAUGUGAUAUGUUAUACUUAAGAGAUGGUGCUACGUUUGACAUGCUUCACCUUGAGAAAUUUGACAAGCCCCUUGUGAGUUGUCCUCUCCUCUUGGAUGCUGCCAGUUACUUCCCAGACACUGUGGACUUGAUGGGUGACGCUCCUGCCCGGCAGUACUGGUUAAAGUGCUUUGAGGAUGCCACAGAUCGGUUCAUGAACCAGGCAAUCAAAAGUGACAACAAUACAGAAAAUGCCAGACAGCGAGCGCAGCAAUUCAAGGAAAAAUAUAUUCAAAGACUGUAUGAGUUGCGAGAAAAUCCAUGUGCGUAUGGUUCCUUGACAGUCCGAUGUCUCCUCGACACAAGGGAACACUUCUUGAAGGAGUUCAACUUCAUUGAUCCAUACUCGCAACAAAAACAACUAGAGAACGAACACGCGUUAAAACUUUUCCAAACGAGGCUGGAUGAAUUAGAUGGACUUUCUUGGGAUGAUCGGCAGGUGGCGCUGGCGGAAGGCAUGCUAGCGGGAAACGUGUUUGACUGGGGUGCUAAGGAGAUCGUGAAGCGAUUGGAGGCUGGGGAGAAGUUUGGAUUUGCCGAGGCGAAAUCAGAGCUUCAGAGUCGUCCGUGGCUGUUUGAUGACUUUGAAGCAUGGUUGGAGCGUCUGCGAGGGCCUUGUCAUAAAUGUGCUGUGAUAUUCUGUGAUAAUAGUGGAUUUGAUAUCAUCCUUGGUAUCGUGCCUUUCGCCAUUGAACUUCUACAGAGAGGGACUAAGGUCCUGUUAUGUGCCAACUCAAAACCUGCCCUAAAUGAUGUCACUUCCUCGGAGCUAACAAUACUAAUGAAAAGAAUCUCCGACAUAUCUGAUCACGUUGCCGUGGCGAUCUCAUCUGGACAACUUAGGGUCAUGGAAUCAGGACAGGGUUCACCAUGCUUAGAUCUCAGAUACAUUGACUACGGCCUUAGUCAGAUGAUUCAAGACUGUGAAGCCGACCUUAUUGUAAUGGAGGGCAUGGGCCGAGCUGUACAUACAAACUUUGCAGCAAAAUUCAAGUGUGAAUCUUUGAAAGUGGCCGUGUUGAAAAAUAAGUGGCUUGCUGAGCGUUUAGGUGGAAAAAUGUACAGUGCCAUGUUCAAGUAUGAGAAGUCAUCGUACGUGACAUGCCGGAGCUGAUACACACCUGGUGGCAAUAGAAUUAUUUACAAGUAGCAGUGAUGUAGAUGUUAUCGAAACAAUAUGCAAUGAGUCACCAGUUUGGGAGUUGUUAAGAAAAUAUAAAAUCACACAGCUCAUGCUGAGAUGAGGUACAUGUAGCGCUCGUGGCCAGGAGUGAAUGGUCAUGCCCCAAUCGUAGGUCAUCUGUAGCUAGUACUCCUGCACUGCAUGGAACUUCCCUACUGGAAAAUGGUUUCUCCCAUCUGGAGUUGCCCCCUAAAGGUUGCGAUUGAAUUCAAUUUUUCACAUGUGACAUGUCACUGUUCACUUUUCAUGUGUGGCAUGAAGAAUGAACGAGUCAUUUCCAAGGAGCGGGCUACAUAGGAUUCACGAGGUCACUUUUCACCCUGACGUCAUGUUUUCAAACCUAAUUCAGUUUACUUGUGACAAGUAAAUCAUGACUAGUGACAAUGUAAACCCUAUGAACCAUAAAACUCCUAUAAGGCCUAUAAAGAGGUAACAAAAUAAAACAACUGCUUGAGUUUAUUGUAGUUGACAUGUCUUCUGUCAUGUUGUGUUUCAACGAGGGCAGGAUCACAGAUAUGUCUGGUAGCCUGUCAGAAAAUAUGACCAGGAGCAACUAGGAAUCAAAUAGAGUACAAGUUGUUGUGAUUAUCCAGAAUCAAAUUGAUUGGUAAGAAGUUUUGAGACAAUACAAAAUCUGUUUACCAAAAAAAGGUUUUGAGACAAUACGGAAUCAAAACAGUUUUUGAGAUGAUACUUAAUAAUCAAACAACAGCAUAGAAGCUGUUGAGAAGAUGUGAAAUCAAAUCGCUAAUAUUAUUAUUGAGAGGUUACAGAAUCAAAUGGCUGCACCAAAUAUAUCACCGAAUCAGUAUGUUUUCUUUCUGUUAAUACCCUACCACCGGACUGGAUGCUCUGAACAGGAAUGGAUCAAUGUAAAAUGUACCCAGUCUUCUCCUCAAGGCCAUUUGUCAGGGUGGCCCACCCUAUCUUGUCAGCUUACCACCCUACCUUGGAAGAGCCACCCUAUCUUGCUCUAGAACUUUGUAGAGGGUUCCUAUAGGGCCACCCUAUCUCAAAUUGCUGGCCACCCUACCUUGUGUCGCACACUGGAAAAACUUCUUGAAAAUCAAGGGUAUCACCCUACCUUGAGAAAACCCUGUGGAGAACACUGUGUACCUACAACAUAUUCUGUGCGAUUCGAUAUGGUCCUGUCAUAUUUAACUUAUUGUCACAAUUUGCACGAAAAAAGAAAUAUAUUUGGUGCUUUGUUGAUGUCAACAUCAUUUUCUUAUCCUUCAUCAAUAUUAUGUGGCUACUGAUGAAAAUCGGAAAUAAAAUCAUCGAAAUGAAACAAAAUGUCAGCAGCAAGUGAAAAUGCACCCCUCGAAAUGAAUUGCUGCAAAGCUAUUGUUCAUCAGCUUCACAGCUAUACCAUUAUCAACUACAGCUACUGUUUAGAUGUAAGAAUUAAAUUCAUAUCAUUCGGAAAAGUCAUUUCAUUCGUUUCAUUUCAUUUCGCAGAUUCGUUUCCUUUAAUUUCGUGUUUCAUCAGUAACCUCAUCAGACGGAGUGUUUUUAUAGUGCAAUGAUUGUUCAGUUUUCUAAAAUAUGUAAUGCAAGUUAUUGUAUGUUUUGACUGUUAAAGGUACCCUGGGCUGUUCUUAUUGUUCUCGUGAUAGUAACUAACAUGUAAGUAUUUUCCCACUUUGUUUAAUUCUGUUAAUUUAGUAUUUUGUAUUCUAUAAGGUAAGGCAAUCUAGCUAAUUAUUCUGACCAAUAUAAACAGGCCAGUCACAUAAAUAUUAUCAGUUGAAAAUAAAUGAAU